AUGAUCGCUGCUGCGAGACAACUGCCUUUUGAUCAUGUCCCCUGCUUCGCGCACAGUCUCCAGCGUUCUGUCACAGUAUCUCUGCAUGACAGUGCGUUUGACAAUGUCCUGGCCAAGUGCAGAAAGGUUGUGGGGAACUUUAAACACAGUCCAGCAAGUGCAGCAGAAUUAGAGCAACAACAAGUUGAACAUGGACAGAAGAAGGAGUCGCUUAUGCAAGACGUUCAAACCAGAUGGAAUUCUACUCUGGACAUGAUAAAAAGCAUCCGCAGAAACGAACAGCCACUGAGGGACGUCCUCACCACAAACACCAAGAUUGUCAUGCCAACUACAGCUGAAAUGGACAAACUGCAGAGGUUGGAAACGCUACUGGAGCCUUGCAGGUAUUUGACUGAACUUUUGGGAGGAGAAAAGUAUGUCUCAUGCUCUGUGGCUCUGCCUGCUUUUUGCCAUCUGUCCCGGGUGAUGGAGAGCUCAGAUGAUGACCCUGCCUACGUGACCAAGUUCAAGUCUACAUUCAGAAAUGACAUGGAGACACGCAAGGGAAUUGCCAACAUUGCAUAUCUGAAGAUUGCUACUGCAUUGGACCCUAGAUUCAAGGACCUCAAGUGUAUACCCAGAGCUGAGAGGAGUGAGGUGUGGGCCUCAGUCACCAACUUAGUCAAGGAACAGAGGGUUAUUGCAGAGAAACCUAGGGAAGAAAAAAACUCAGAGCCACCAAAGAAAAAGUUAACCCUAUUGGCUGUUUCAUCCGAGUCUGAUUCUGAACAGGAAGAAGACUCAAUUGAGAACAGUGUGCGUCGAUACAGAGCAGAGCCCGCCAUCAGUUCAGAUUCCUGUCCAUUAGAGUGGUGGUCCAAACAUGCAGGCUCACACAGCAGGCUGGCCCCCUAUGCACAGAAGUACUUGGCCACACCGGCAACCUCCAUCCCCUGCGAAAGGUUGUUUUCUCUUGCUGGUCAUAUUGUCCAGAAGAAGAGAGCUUCUUUAUCAUCUGAAAAUGUAAAUAAUCUGGUGUGCCUUAGCAACUGGCUUAGUGCAGAGGAGUAAAAAACAUCAAGUUUUAGGAAUCUACAAACUGCACUGAAAGUGUUUUCUGGUUCUUUUUUGACCAAAGGAAAUGCAGUAUAAACAUGGACUUUACAGACUAGUCCUCUGCACAGUAAAUG